AAUCGGUACAGCACGUGUGUUUGUUUGUUUUCCACUCCGCUCGUGCUUUUCCGGGCUCUUUUCUUUGGUUUCCUGCAUCCUAAAGGUAUAACUGCAAUUUAUCUAAAUAGUUUGAAUGUUACAAAAAGUGUUAAAAGUGUAAUUAGUGUAAUUUAUUAUCGGAAGCAUCUCCGCUGCGUGCGAUUUGUUUACAUCGUUGCCAUGCCUCGUGCGGUUCAUCGUGUGUGUGUGGUUGUUUCAGAAACGGUCCAAUGUGCAUCGGCCAGUUUGGCCCCCGCUCGUAAUCCUUAGCAACGUAUUAAUCAAUGUGAACUAAUGCUGUAUCGUGCAAAGUGUUUCAAUCAGUUUUAUUUCUUCUACACACAACAUAACAUAAAAAGUAAUUAAAAGUGUGGUGAAAAGUCCUGCCUGGAACAAACAACAGCCCGGGUGUAGUGUUCGUGACGGAAGUGUUGGUGCAUCAAACAAAACAGUUCCAGUUGCAGUAGGCCGAUUCCUUUUGGGUGCUUGGUUACGAGUUUGGUGAAAGUCAACAAGGAAAGGACGACAACACGGCAUCAACACCCAAAGCAAGCCUUGCACAGCGACACACCAGCGUGUUUGUCACCAUCGGCCUGCAAGGAGGAUUGUGUGUGUUUCCUGUUGGUCUACCGAAAUAAAGCUGAGCUUGUGUGUUCCUUGCCCCGGAGUAAGGAAAGAAGCCGCGCGGAAGGAACCCCAUCUCAGCCAACUCAACCACACAACGGAUCGGACGCUGCGGCGACCACGCGGAACAGAGGAAACGCAUACAGAGAUACAUUUUUAAAAAUGGUGCAGGCACUAGACGAGUACGACAUUCAGCCGGAUCUGCCCCAGGCGCUGCGAUUGCUGGACGAGAUGAACAACAACUUCCAGCAGGUGUCGGAUCUGGUGGGCAACAUGCUGCAGCGGGUGAAAACGGGCGAACUGUCGACCGAGUACGGGCUAAACUUUCUCGAAAUCAAGUACCACAUGCUGCUGAACUAUCUCAUCAAUCUGACGUACGUGGUGCUGCGGAAAUGUUCCGGACAUCGAAUCGAGAAAGAUCCAUCGAUCGACCGGCUGAUUGAAAUACGAACCGUGCUGGAAAAGAUCCGCCCCAUCGACUACAAGCUGCGCUACCAGAUCGACAAGCUUGUGAAAACGGCCGUGACGGGCAGCAGCGGCGGUAGCGGGGCGGGCACCUCCGAUCCUACCGCGUUCCGUGCCAAUCCCGCCAACCUUAUGUCCCAGAUGCCGGCACCGGCCGAAGAGGCUGGCGUGGGCAGCUCGGCAGCACCGGUCGGUGGUCCCGAUUCGGACGAUGGUGCCGACUCGGACAGCUCGGCCAUGGUGAUGUUGAAGCUGAAGCGUGCGAAGGAAGCGGCCAAAAAGGGCAGAGGCGGAGACCGUGGUGGUGGUGGUGACGGAGCACAGCGCAGCAAGUCGGACGUGUACGUGCCACCGAAGCUGACAUCGAUGCCUUACGAGGAAGAUACAAAGGCGGACCGGGCCCGAAGGCAGCUGGAGCGAGCAAAAAAGCAUGCCCUCGGUUCGUCGCUGAUACAGGACCUGAAGGACGAGUAUCUGGACACGCCGGUCGAGCUGUCGAGCAGCUCCCGGGCCCAGCAGAUACUGUCCCGGCGCGAGCGCGAUCGUGAGGAGUACGAGGAAACGUACUUGACGCGUCUACCGCUGACGAAGGCAGAAAAACAUCGCAACAAAAAGCUAACGACGCUCGCUACCCUGGGCGAUGAACUAACCAGCUUCACCGAUAUAAGCGUGCUCAACGAAGACUAUGCAUCCACUUCAGCGAGUGGUGCCGGCGGCAAAAAGCGCAAAGCAGGUGGAAAAGGUGCAAAAGCGAACAAGAAACACGGUAAGAAACGUCGCUUCCGUUAAACAUCGUUCGUGUGGCGAAGAAAAGAAGAAGACAAGCAUAUUAAUGCACAAUAAAAUAACGAUAGUCAGAUUUCGUUUCAAAAGGAGAAAAAAGCUCAUCAGUUGAGAAGGAUGAGCUUUGACGCACUGAUACAAACAGCGGGAAUCAGUUGUUCAUUAAACAAUCGCAAUUUUUGUAACGAUGCUGCAUUUCAUUUGCAUUGUUUUGAUUUGUGUUUAAUUAUAUUUUUUUUUUGAAACCGUAAACAUUUAAAGAUGAUUUAUGUUUUGGAAGUGUUCUACUCUCUCAUAUAAUAUAACAUAUAAUUUGCGUUAGUUUAAGAAAAUUACAGAUUGAGCGCAUUUAUUCGGUAUGAUUUAUUUAGAAAAGGUGAGCUGCGAUGUGACGCAAAAUAGUAUAAAACUGUAACAGACAGAAAAUGCCGACAGGCAAAACAUUAAAAGUGUAAGGAGAUGGAAAGAUACAAAACAUACGAAAGAAGCAAAACGUUACUAGAAAAACCUUUUAUAAUAUAUUUAUAAGAGCUUAUUUUUUCUGUUUUCAACAACUUUAUAACCGGUAAAAUAGCAAUCUAACAAACAGAAACAAAAAGCACAACCUGAUUACAUAGGGCAAAGUGCAAAUCAAACAGCCAAAUCAAUAAUAACUACUCUCAAAACGGGCCAUAAGUAAUAUCCGUCGUUGUUCAUUUGUUUUUUGUUCAGUACAUGUCAGUCAGUUCGUUAUUAUUUCCUUCGUUGGGCGUUCGUUUUCGAAAAGCAAAAUAUACAAAACCCCACUAGUUAUAAUGAAAUAGAACUAAAGUGUAAAAUAAAACUGUGCAAAAACAAAACAGCAGCAAAACUGAGAAUAGUUAAAGAUAUGAAAUGAAACCUUUAUGUUGUUUUUUCUAGUACGAAUACAAAUGAAGAAUCGGUAUCAACUAGCGAUGAGAAGUGAGAAAGGAGGGGGCAGAUAUGUUAGAAAGGAACGUAACGACAAGUAGAUUAUCGAGCACACGAUAAAAGGGGUUGAGGGAAAACGAAGGGAUGUUAAGAUAGGAUUUACCAUAUUGUUGCCUUUUUCUAUAACAGUACGUAAGGAAAGAGAUUUCUUAUAAGAGUUUAGCGAACGUGCGCUGCCGAAAACAAAACAAAACAGUAACCGAACACAAGAAAGUAAAUUAAAGAACAGGAGAUAAAAAAAACAGGAUAACAAAAUAGUAAAGAGAGUCAUUGAGAGUUAUUGUAAAAAAGAAAGCAGAUUACAUAAAUAUUAAAAAAAACAAAGGACGUAGCAAUGGGAGAAUGAACAUAAAAGCAUGUGUAAGCAAAUAAAAGAAAGCAAACCAACUAGAAAGAAGGUAUAAACAACAGACAGAACAUAAACGAGAAGCACUAUAGAACGUAUAGAAGAAUGUGGCGUAUCAAUUAGACUGGGUUGCUGCUGCAGAAGCGCGCGUUUAUACAACUUUUUACUAAACAAAAGAUAUGAAGCAAAAUGUAUGCUUAAGUGUUUACAAACAUUCAUUUUCUGUUCGAUGUUUUAGAUUGAUUUAACUUAAAAAAACAAACAAAUCAAUAAAUCGAUGCUCCCAGCAGGAGUGUAUGUAAGAACUGUUUUCAUGAUAGAAGAACAUACUGACAUAGCCAAAACCUCAACAAACGACGAACUCGAACGCCCGGUUGAAGGAAACAAUGAACAAACCAAAAGAGUAAACGAUAGAAAAGGAAGAAAAGAAAAUGUAACUUAAUUAAAGAGGUUCCAGAAUCGGACACCCGAUGGAAAGUAUGUAUAGAAACGUGGCAACACAUAAAAAAGAAAACACUAUGCUUUUUUUAAUGUAACUAACAAUUGAAACACGAAAACAAGAGAAGACCACAAGUAAACCUACAAACUGCACUAGAAAAAGGAAAGCAGAAUAAAAGGAGGAAAAAAGAAUUAAGAAGCACAGAAGAAUACAUAACAUAGUAAGAGAAUAUAAAGCAUAAAAAACAUAUGAAAAGAAAAGAAGUUAGGAGUAUAAAGGUGUUAUUUUUAGUUAUUUCCUAUUUCAAAAGUGUUUUAAGGAAAUUUCUUAUUAGCAAGUUAUGUUGGAUUAUAUUUACUUCUUUUUUAUAUUUUAAUAAUUUCUAUCUUGUUUGGCAAUGGCUUAUUGUUUCCAUUCAAAAGUUAUGUUUCAUGUUACUCUUAUUUCAUUUUAAACUUACAAUUCUUUAUUAAUAUUUCCCUACCGUAAAGAUUGAUAUAAUACAUCUUCGGUUGUUAAAAUUACGUUUACCUUUAGUUUAAUCGAUUACAUUAAGCGCUAAAUUCUAAAUGUUUCAUGUUACAUAUUAUUAUGUAUGUUCUUUUCUGUACGUUUCAUUAUGUUUAAAAUAUAAUUUCUUUACAUCUUCACCAAAUAAAAUUUUAAAUAAG